AUGAACCAGUUCAGGAAUGCACAAUCUUUGUUCUCUGUUCUUGCUUUCAUGAUCGUUUUUAGCUCGGCAAAGAUAUCUGUUGACCAGCGCAGCACAACGUUUACUGACUACAUCGAGGAACUGUCAGAGGAUCUGAGGAUUUCAAAAGAUGAAAACCUCCUCUUUGUAUUUGACAAAGGUUUGUUUGAAUUGCGCUUAAAACUGUUUUCUCUGCCUUCGAUUUGCAUCUUUAAAGUUGGAAAUGUUUUUUUAAAAAUAUAUUUUAAUUCCAAACUGUGGCACAUACGAUAGUAUUUGAUGAAUGAAGUAAUUUUGUACCGAAAAAUGUACACGUUUGCUUGGUGUGCGAGACACUCCCGUUCUUGUUUGAAACAAUCGUGAGGAAUUAUUUGCUUGUAUAAUGUGUUUUUUUUUUCACUUGAUCAUCAAGAGCCUGGGGUUAAAAAUCCCAUCUUUUUCAGGAUUUCUUCGUCGAAACACCAACACUGACGAUCAGUACAAAAUAAAGUUCACAACCCAUUUUGAUACCUCAGCCAUUGACAUCGAGAACACGUUAAAACUUCACCUGGCCUUUCUUAGACUUCCCACAAAAGAUAACGUUAUCUUCGCUUUUGACGUCCUUGACGAGGACGGAGUUAGACUGGCUUAUAACAUACAAGAUUUGCUUGUAAACACAACAAAGACGAUAGAACUUUAUGACGUAUCAAGGCUUUUGGAUCAGUGGAAGGAACAAAGACGCCUUCGUAAAGUGAAAGUUGAGUUCAUCAUCACAAACACCUCGCGGAAUGAAUUAAAAAAUUUUGAAGAGUGGUGGAAAAAUGGACCCGUUUUCCUCGUGGCCUAUUUCAAGAGUAUUUCAACAACGUUUACAAGAUCUAUCUUCACUGGUAAUAAGCCAAAGAGACACUAUGGCAAACUCCGCAGUGGUCGGUACCCGACAGAAUGUCGACUUCAUAGCUUCAGAACCUCCUUCGCACGAUUGGGCCUGUCCAACGUGUAUGUUCGACCUAAAGGCCUUAUCAACUUCUCUUUGUGUUAUGGCCGAUGUGAUGUAGCCGACAGCAUGAGCUCCUCUGCGAAACACAUCACACCACAUGCGUUCGUCUUGGAGCUCGCCAAACGGAGACGUGUGUUUUCGUCCCCAGGUGUUCGUGCGAAUCUCGUGCAGAGUAAAUGCGUUCCGACCAAAUAUCAAGGACUUGGUGUUUUAAAAAGAGAAGCCAAUGGCAACUUGGUGAGAAAGACUAUUUUUGACUUGACUGCAAGUGCUUGUGGUUGUCGCUAA